CUGACACACCAACGCGCACAGUAGGGGAGGAGGGCGCUGCUCAAAAGUCUAUCUCGCGAGAGUACGUGGGAUUGCGUGAUUUUGAUGGAUAUGGCGAAAUUGGUGCAGCGAUGGGUACAUUUGCGUAUUUAGCGGACGAACUGUACGAGAAAACAAGGAAAAACAUUGGCAAGCUCUGAAUGGUUAUGGCUGCGCAACUGUUAUCUCCACUUCUACAAUGAAGACUCCGACAUCAUCUGUUGCAGAGCCUAUCUGAAAUUCUGUCAUAAAAAACAUUGUCAGAAGUAGGAUUAUUUAACAAUAUCAUGAAUCUCCAUCAAGUCCUUACUGGAGCUGUAAAUCCAGGCGAUAACUGCUUUGCUGUGGGCAGUAUCAACGAUCAGCCUUUCACGGCUUAUGCAUCAGGAUGUGAUAUUGUCAUUCUAGGCAGUAACUUUGAAAGACUACAAAUUAUUCCUGGGGCGAAAAAUGGAAAUAUUCAAGUUGGAUGUGUGGAUUGCUCUGUUCAACAGGGCAAGAUUGCAGCCUCUUAUGGAAAUGUUGUGUGUGUUUUUGAGCCUGUCCAGAUAGUAAAUCAGAGGAAUAAGCACACUUCAAAAUGUAAGUACCAGUGGCAGAAAAGUGAUCAGUUUGUUUUGCAGUCCAUAGCACAUAAUCUAACUUGGGAUCCUACAGGAUCACGUCUUCUGACUGGUUCUACGUGUAUACAACUCUGGUCCAAUGUUAAACCAAAAGGAGGUUUUGAAGAAAAAUCUGAAGAGGACAUGAGCAUAGGUUGUAGCCUUGGUGACUGGAAAUGUAUUUGGCAUAGCAAAACCUCAUCUCCAGUACAUCUUAUGAAAUUUUCUCCGGAUGGGGAGUUUUUUGCCACAGCAGGAAAGGAUGACUGCCUUGUGAAAGUAUGGUAUAGCACAAGUAACUGGCAGACUGCAAGGAUGCCCCUGGUUAAUCUUACAGAAAGAACAAUGCAAAGUGAGGCUGACUACUCGUUUGUGUAUCUUGCUCACCCACGCACAGUUACAAGCUUUGCAUGGAGGAAAACAAGUAAAUAUAUGCCAAGGGGUUCUGUUUGUAAUGUCUUGCUAACAUGUUGCAAAGAUAAUGUGUGUCGUCUUUGGACGGAGACUCUUUUACCUAAUGAUAGCUUAUUGUCUGGAGUUUGCCACAAUCACAGUACUGAGUCUGUGACUUCAACUACUGAUCAUAGUAGGCAAGUUACAAGCAAAGACCAAGUACAGGACACCUUAGAGCUAAACCUAAAUCAGCUUCAUAAAGGAAGGAGGAGAGCAGCUGGUUUAGUUGCACAUAUGGGAUAUUUGCCUCAUCAGCGAGAUACUCAUGAGGUACACAGGAACAGCUCAGCUCUGCACGCAAAUGCACUAUGUCACUUUCAUAUUGCUGCCAGCAUCAACCCUGCAACAGACAUUCCGUUACUUCCUUCUAUAUCUUCACUGAGUCAAGAUGAUGAAAAUGAACUGACCAGUCCCUUUGUUGUACACUGGCUGAACAACAAAGAAUUGCACUUUACUUUGUCCAUGGAAGUAUUUUUACAGCAGCUGAGAAGAAGCCUAGACCAUCAGUCUCCAGAAACCAGCACUGAAGAACAAUGUGAGGGGAACAGCAAAUCAGAUGAGGAAACAGGCAACAGUGAAGAUGAUGAAGAAGAGUCUACAGGCAUAAAAGACUUGCAUGGAGAGAGAAACCAUUGUAGUGCUAAUACUAUGCCCUUUUCUGCUGCAGCUAUAGAUCAUGAAAUAGAAGUGCUACUUACAGAAUGGAACAAAAAUGCAGACAUGCUUUUUAGUAUUCAUCCUAUGGAUGGUUCUUUAUUAGUAUGGCAUGUAGAUUGGCUGGAUGAGUAUCAACCUGGAAUGUUUCGUCAAGUUCAGAUUUCAUUUGUCUCAAGAAUUCCAGUAGCUUUUCCAACGGGGGACGCUAAUUCUCUUAGCAGAAGCAUUAUCAUGUAUGCAUGCACAAAAAAUGUGGAUCUUGCAAUUCAACAAGGAAAACAAAAGCCACCAGGAAUGAAUCGUUCAUCUUCAAUGUUAAUCUCUUUUGGUCACAGUAAAUCUAGCAGUUUAAAACUAAGCAUUUUUACUCCAAAUGUCCUUAUGAUCUCCAAACAUGCAGAUGGAUCUCUGAAUCAGUGGACUGUCAGUUUUGCUGAGGAAUCUGCCUUUUCAACAGUACUUAGUGUCUCACAUAAAUCACGGUAUUGUGGCCAUCGCUUUCAUCUCAAUGAUUUGGCUUGUCACCCUGUUUUACCUUUGCUUCUCACAACCUCCCACCAUAAUGCACUAAGGACCCCAGAUGUAGAUUUUAUGAAUAUCUGCAAGGGUGUAGACAAUGUGAUGAAACACAACUUGUUUUCAGAACGGCUUACCAGCACAGUAGAAGAUGCAGCAUUCCAAGACCCCAAUGCUAUAUACAGUGAAUUAAUUUUAUGGAGGGUUGACCCAGUAGGACCUUUAUCAUUUUCUGGAGGGGUGUCGGAGCUAGCAAGGAUAAAUUCCCUUCAUGUAUCAGCAUUUUCAAAUGUAGCCUGGCUUCCAACAUUAAUUCCAGCAAGUUGUUUAGGAACUUAUGGAAAAUCGCCUUGUGCCUGUUUUGUGGCAAGUGAUGGUCAUUCUCUGAGACUGUAUCAAGCUGUUACAGAUGCUAAAAAGCUGUUAAGUGAAGUCUCUAAUCCAGAUAUCUCAAAAUUGGUUGGAGAGGUAUUUCACAUUGUAAGCCAGCAGUCCACUGCCAGACCAGGGUGUAUCAUUGAACUUGAAGCUAUCACAGAGCUUUAUGGAUGUGAAACACAGCUUCUUCAUGUGUUUGAAGAAGAUAUUCUAGGAGGCAAUAAAAUAGAAGAAAACAUUGAUCAAGUCGAUGAAACGCAUAAUUUACAUAAAGACACAGAAGAAUGUUUCUCUCAAAGGUUUUAUUUGGUGGUAAUUGAAUUUACCCAAACUUGUCGUUCAUUAUUGCACAUGUGGCUUCUGCAUCUGAAAUCAGCCAAGAUUGUUAUAGCAGAAAGACAAGAAAAAACAGAAAAUGAAUUUUUGAUAAUCCCUCAAGAGGAACCGUGCAAUGUUUCUCCAGAAAAAUCACCGUCCCCACAGUCUCAGGUGUUCAAGGCCUGUAGAGCUAAUUUACAGAAUGCUAGUAGGCUUACAGUCACAUCUGAAAGAGUUUACAGCCAGGAAAUGAAUCUACCUGAUGGAGUGGAAAUUAUUACUGCAACACCCUCAGCAGGACACCUGAGUUCUUCAUCCCUGCACCCAACAGGUCUUUCACCCUAUCUUUUGGCGACUGCCUGUUCAGAUGGGAAAGUUCGAUUUUGGAGAUGCAGAGUGGAUUCUGGACAUUUAAUUUAUGAUAGUGAAAAAUCUGCGAAUAACAUUCCAACAUAUGUAUGGGAGGAAUGGCCACUUCUUGUCGAAGAUGGUUUCCCAAAUAACAGUGAAAUCAGAGUGUUGGGAAGACCAGUGGAAGUUAGCUGUUGUAAUACAAGCCACAUUGCUGUGGCAUACAAAAGUGCCUCUUCCUAUAACACAGCCAGAGACUUUACAAUGCAUGUUGGAAUAUUUGAUUGUGAAUCAACAGGUGGUUCACAGUGGGUUCUGGAACAGACACUUACCCUUGAUGAACAAAGCACAAUUUUAGACCCUAGAAUAAGCAUUGAUAGUAAUUUAACAGUGUACAACAAGCAAGAUGUAUAUUUAAAUGAGAUUUUUCCAGUGCCCACUAAUAAGCAUUUAGUUCAUUUGGACUGGGUGUCACGAGAAGAUGGUUCACAUAUUUUAACUGUUGGUAUUGGCUCCAAACUUCUGAUGUUCGGCCAGAUUUCUAGGCAUAUGCCAGAACAGAAUGCCAAAGAAGCACAUAUGGUUUCUGCCUCUCCUUUGUGGGAAUAUGCAAAAGACCAACCUUAUUCCAAAUUUAUUCUUUUAAGAUCAGUAGAUCUUGUUUCUUCUUUUGAAGGAGCAUUACCUUUACCAGUAUGCCUGUCAUGGGUGAGAGAUGGUAUUCUUGUUGUUGGAAUGGACUGUGAAAUGCAUGUUUAUUCACAAUGGCAACCCCCUUCUAAAUCUGAAUAUUUGAACAUGGAGAUGGACUCUAGCAGCACCCCAUCAUUAACAACAUCAUUGAAACUAGGCCAGAGCAGCACUUUAACCCCACAACCUUCUAAAAGGAGUCUUACAAGAUCAAUGACUAGUCUUGCUCAAAAGCUCAGUGGUAAAAAGACUAUGUAUGACCUUCCUUUUGAGAUGGAGGACUGUGGUCUGUUUGAAGCUGCACAUGAGUUAUUCCCAACUUUGCCUCAGUAUCAUCCAGUGCAGUUAAUGGAGCUGAUGGAUUUGGGAAAAGUUCGUCGUGCUAAAGCUAUUUUAUCUCACUUGGUGAAGUGUAUUGCAGGAGAGGUUGUGGCUCUGAAAGAUAAUAGCACAAAUCAAGAGCGAAGACUUCGGUCACUGACAAUCAGUGCUAGUGGAAGCACUGCAAGAGAUCCAAAGACAUUCAAUAAAACAGAAAAUACAGAUUAUACAGAGAUAGACUCCAUUCCUCCUCUUCCACUAUAUGCUCUUCUAUCAGCAGAUCAGGAAGUAUCUCCUAGGGCUGUUGAAAAGCCAAACAGCAGUGUUUCACAUAAUGGAAAUCAGGAAUCCAAAAAAGAUGAUUAUGAUGAGCUGUUUCAACUUUCUUCUAUUCCUGAUGAGCUUAGUUUUAGUGAUACUGAUGGAACAGACACUAAACCAACUGUUAUUGACCUUUCUCUAUAUAGUCCUACAUAUUUUGGGCCAGAGCACGCUCAAGUUCUGUCUAGUCAUCUCUUACAUUCCAGUUUACCUGGGCUUACACGAAUGGAGCAAAUGUGUUUGAUGGCUUUAGCUGAUACAAUUGCAACCACUAGUACUGAUAUUGGAGAGAGUAGAGACAAGAAUCAAGGCAGAGAAACCCUAGAUGAAUGUGGUUUAAAGUUUCUUUUAGCUAUGCGUCUUCACACCUUCCUGUUGACUUCUCUACCUCCUGCUCACAGAGUGCAACUUACACAUCAAGGACUGUCAACAUGUCAUUUUGCAUGGGCUUUCCAUUCUGAAGCUGAGGAAGAAUUAUUAAACAUGCUUCCUGCAAUGCAGAGAGGGGAUCCUACAUGGGCAGAGCUGAAAGCAAUGGGAGUAGGAUGGUGGGUGAGAAAUAUAAACACUUUACGGAGGUGCAUUGAAAAGGUUGCAAAAUCAGCUUUCCAGAGAAAUAAUGAUCCUUUAGAUGCGGCGGUUUAUUAUCUUGCGAUGAAGAAGAAAGCAGUAGUCUGGGGUCUCUACAGGUCUUUAAAGGAUGUGAAGAUGACUCAGUUUUUCAGCAAUAACUUCAGUGAAGAUAGGUGGAGAAAGGCUGCCUUAAAGAAUGCCUUUUCACUUCUUGGCAAACAGCGCUUUGUACACUCUGUAGCAUUCUUCUUAUUGGCUGGUUCACUAAAAGAUGCAGUUGAGGUUUGCCUUGAGAAAAUGCAUGACAUUCAGCUGGCUCUGGUGAUUUCACGACUCUUUGAGUCAGAUUUUGAAACAUCCUCCACUUACAAAAAUAUACUGAAGAAGCGGAUUUUAGGGUAUGACAGCAAUGAAAGAACAUUUAAAAUGUCCAAGAUGCACCACGAUCCUUUAUUACGAAGUAUGGCUUUUUGGAUACUGGAGGAUUAUAGUAGAGCUCUUGACACAUUGUUAGAAAUGCCAGUACAAGAAGAUCACCAACCACAGGCCACAGGUGCCUUGACAUCCUCCUGUAACCCUAUGGUAUUUAACUUUUACAAUUAUUUGCGAACCCAUCCUCUCUUGUUGCGAAGACAUUUUGCCUCCUCAGAAAAGCUUACAUCAAAGAUGGGACUAACAGUCGAAAGCAAUUUGGCUGACUCUAUUAAUCUUGUUGAGAGGAGACUUUUCUUUACAACUGCUCAUUCACAUUUUAAAGCUGGAUGCCCUAUGCUUGCAUUAGAAGUGUUGUCUAAGAUGCCAAAAGUAGUCCAGAAAAACAAGACACUUUUAGGUGAAAACAUAUCAAUUUUGUCAGACAGUUCUCAAGACCUUUCACUUUCAUUAGAUGUUAAGCAAGAAACAUCUUCAGAUUUUGAUUUGUCUCAGCCAUUUAUAAAUGGUUUUAGAUCUGUUUCUGAUGGUAUAUCUGAUGGGCAUUCAGAUUCUGUUCUUAGCUUUGACUGGAGUCAACCUUCUUUAAUUAUUCCAGAUGAAAAUUUAAACUUAAAAUGGGACACUGAUGAAGAAGAUAUAGAUAAUGAACAAUCUGGCUUGUCAAUGAAAAACAUAAAAACUGAGAACAACAACAUUAUUAAAGAUAAAGCUGAGAUCAGUUCUACCUAUACUGAGUCAUCUAGCACUUUUGAUAUCACCAGCGCUGUAAUCUCUUCUGAUGACAGUAUUGCAGCGCAGUUGAAAUUCAAUGCUUGUCUUAAAAUACUUACCACUGAGCUUCGAACACUAUCUACUGGUUAUGAAGUAGAGGGUGGCAAGUUAAGAUACCAGCUGUAUCACUGGUUAGAAAGAGAGGUCGCAGCUUUACAAAAAGUGUGCAAUUAUAAUUUGGAUAUGGACUAUUCUGGUAGCAUUAAUGUAACAAAAGCAGAUGAUAUUCUGUCUUCUGGAAAAUCAAUGGAAUCAAUAAAUAAUCAGCAAAAUGCUGUACGCUACAAGGAGUACCUUCAAAGUAGACAUCAGUGGCUUGUAAAGAACCAGUCUCUUCUAAGGAUGUUUCUUAGUUAUUGCAGUCUCCAUGGCUCUCAUGGUGGAGGUCUUGCAUCAGUCAGAAUGGAAUUAAUUUUACUAUUACAAGAAUCUCAGCAGGACAAUGCAAAACAAACGCCUAUAAGUCCUGAACAACACCAAAACUGUGUGCCUUUCCUUUUAGCAUGUACUGCAAGUGCAAAAACAGUUGUAACUAAUCCUGUGGUAUAUCUGACAAACCUAACCCAUGACAUUCUGCAUACUCUAAUAGACCUAGACUCACCUCCACACCCGGACAUCAAAAAUAACAAGAUCCAUGUAAUGCAUACCUUGGCAGCAUCACUUUCAGCCUGCAUCUAUCAGUGUCUUUGCAAUAGCCAAAGCUACAGUACCUCCCAUAUAAGCCAGUUUACUGGAUUUGUGUAUCAGAGUUUUUUGAUGUCAAAUCUUCAGUCUAUACGAACUGAAAGUUUAGAUGAAGCAGUUACAACAAAUACAGCACCAUCACUGUGGCCAGGUGUAGGAUCACUGAUACAUCUUCUAAAUUCAGCAGGAGAAGAGGACCAACCUCGGUUGACAGUGCUGCUUUGUGAGAUUUUGACUGCAGUCUUUCUGAGUUUGUUUGCUCAUGGUCUAGCUACACAUUCUAGUAAUGAACUUUUUCGAAUCAUGGCUCAUCCACUAAAUAGUAUGAUGUGGACAGCUGUGUUUGGUGGUGGAGCUCAAAUACCUAUUAAAGAUGACACCCAAACAAAAAAAACAACAGGAAGACAUCUUUCUAUCCCUAGUCCUCAUCAGGUAGUAGUGUUCUCCAUGGAAUGUGUGGGGUUUUCUAAAGCCCUUGUUACCACCAGUACACAUACCACAACAGUUCCAGCAGAUCCUUCUGUUAAUGAUGGAACAGAAAAGCAUCACAGACAUUUUAAACUGUUAUCCACCAAAGGUUCAAGCAAAGAAAAUGCGACUCCCUUACCAGAUGUUGAGCAGGAAAAUCUGACAUAUAGCGAGAAAUUCAUUCCUCCUGAGCUUAGUAUCUGGGAUUACUUUAUAGCUAAGCCAUUUCUACCACCGUCAGAGACCAAAGUAGACUAUGAUUCAGAAGAAAGUCAGGAAAGUGAAGAUGAGGAAGAUUAUGAUUCUGCCACAGAUUCUCAACUUCAGGAGCACUCUAAUCCUAAUUCAUAUAGCUGGUCACUGAUGCGUUUGGCAAUGGUGCAGUUGGUUCUUUACAACUUGAAGACUUUGUAUCCAAUGGCAGGCCAUGAUCUAUCAGAGUUACCGGUUGUUUCUCCUCUUUGCCAUUCCAUUCUUAAGACUUUGCAAAGGUGGGAGCAGGUACUUCUUAAACGACUAGAGAUUUUUGGUGGUCCACCCUCUGAAUAUAUUUUAACAAACUCUUUGGAAGACACAGUGUCAUCUGGACCUGCUCUUCUGCGUCACAAGGCAUUGUUGGAACCAGCAAACACCCCUUUCCGGUCAAAGUAUCAUUCAGCACUUUCCGUGAAAAGGCUAUGGCAAUACCUUGUUAAACAGGAAGAGAUACAGGAAACAUUUAUCCGAAACAUAUUUGAUAAAAAAAUAUGUCAGACUGAGAUGGAAGCAGACCAGGGACACCCUGGAGGAAAGGCAAGGAUUAUCCAUAAAGAAACUGAUAUUAUAACUGCAUUUGCUAUUAAUAAGGCAAAUCGCAAUUGCAUAGCAGUUGCUUCAGCACAUGACAUUCAAGAGCUUGAUAUUUCUGCAAUUUUGGCUACCCAGAUUUUAACGUGGGCUGAUGAUGAAGUAGAUAUGGAAAAUAAAACAAAUGAUGAUUUCUUGGUUAUUCAUGCCCGUGAAGAUUAUGCGUCUGUGCAGGGCACUACUCCAUAUACUCCUAGUAGUCCUGGGACACCAAUUAACAUGCCUUGGUUGGGAAGCAUGCAGACAGGAAGAGGAGCAUCAGUUUCAUUCAUUGUUCAGGAAAAUACAGCUAAAUUAAAUGGAAUCAGAAAGGAUUUGACAAAAAAGGAGAUGAUUAAAAGAAAUAUAAACAAUGCUAGAAGGAUGACAUCCCAUCCAACCUUACCUUAUUAUUUAACAGGAGCUCAGGAUGGUAGUGUUCGGAUGUUUGAAUGGGGUCACUCCCAACAGAUCAUUUGUUUCCGGCCUCCUGGAAAUUCAAGAGUUACAAGGUUAAGAUUUAAUUAUCAGGGUAACAAGUUUGGCAUUGUGGAUGCAGAUGGAUAUCUUAGCCUUUGGCAGACAAAUACAGUAGGCCCACCAAAGCCGUAUUUAACAUUACAAUGCCACAAUAAGACUGCAAAUGACUUUAUUUUUGUGGGAUCAUCAUCUUUAUUGGCAACAGCUGGACAGUCUAGUGAUAACAGGAAUAUUUGUGUAUGGGAUACUCUGGUGACACCAGCCAGUAGCUUAUUACAUGCCUUUACUUGUCAUGACAGUGGGGCUACUGUGCUCACAUAUGCUCCAAAGAAUCAGCUGUUGAUAUCUGGAGGAAGAAAAGGGUUUAUCUGUAUAUUUGAUUUGCGCCUAAGACAGCUCCAAAAAACAUUCCAGGCUCAUGAUUCACCAGUCAAGGCUGUUGCUGUAGAUCCAACUGAAGAACACUUUAUAACUGGAUCUGCAGAGGGUAAUAUGAAGGUUUGGAGUAUGUCUACAUGUACACUAAUCCACAAUUUCCUCAAUGAACAUGCUCGGCAAUCUAUCUUCAGAAACAUUGGAACUGGAGUGAUGCAGAUAGAGGCUGGUCCAACAAGUCACAUUUUCUCUUGUGGAGCUGAUGGCACGUUGAAAAUGAGGAUCCUACCAGACCACUUUAGCAUUAUAAAUGAUGUCUGGAAGAAUAAUGUGAAAUUUAUUAUUUAAUUUGAUUGAUGAAAUGGAAAUCUGGGAGAUGUAGAAAUUUUCUUGAAGCACUGAUGCCUUAAAUCAGUUGAUGAUGAUAAUCAUUAUUAUAUAACUGUUUAAGCUUUAAAAUAACUUUUUUGCUGCUGAUUUAAUUUAUUUAUUUAAAAUGAGAUCAAGAAAUAGGCAACUUAAUUAAAUGCAUUCAAAUGUAAGUUAUUAAAUCUGUUUGAAGAUUAAAUUUAACAGAGAGCUGCGUAUUUGUCUUAUUUUAAUGGACUUUCUGUGACUUUAUGAAAUAUCAGUUAAAAAAAAUGAGUCCAUCAUUGAUGUCAGAUCCCAGUGUCUAGUAAUGGUGUGUACGCACUUCUAUUUAAACAUCUAGAGUUUACUAUUAUGAUUUGUUGUCAGCUUUGAUUGUGGCACUAUUAGAUUAUUAUUUGUCUUUUUAUAAAGCUUGAGAUACCUUGCAGAAAUGUUGAUUAUGAUGGAUUAUUUAAAGAUAUAAGAUGGUAGAAGACUGUAUCUUUGAGAACAAAUGAAAAAUAUAAAGAGCAAAGUUAAAGGAAGAAAAUAUAUGAACUGAAUAAGAGGAGGCAUGUGAAACAGUUUUAAAGUGAGCCUUAUAACUAACUGGUCUGUUUUUAGUACAAUUAUAUUUAUUUAUAAUGAAAAUUAUGUUUUUUAUUAUUUUAAUUUAGUUUAAGAUUUCCACUGAACAUUCUGUUUUGGAAGUUUGAAUUUAAAAAAGAAUAUAAUAUAAAUAUUGUUAAUAUAUUAGAAGAGGUUUGUUUGUGUGCCAAUACAGUCCCACAGAUUUUUAGCCAAGAGGAAUUUAGCCUGUGAAUAUUAUUCAUUAUGACUUCACUAUAUUUUCUUUUCAUUUAUUCUAGCACAGUGUAAAUAAAUUACAAAUCUAUCUAUAAUAUAUAUAAAAAGUCAAUACAUUUUUAAAGAAUUAUUUUAACAUUUUGUGAUAUUAUUAACACUGCAAAAUGUACUGGUUACACAUGUAAAAUUUAAGUGUAUUUUUGUGCUCAUGUUUUAUUUGAAAGUAAUUCAUUAUUUGUGCUUUUAAACAACAUUGAGAAGCUUCAUUUUUUGAUCCCCAUGUUGGUUUAGUUUGCUUCUUGUAUAAACCACUUUUUUGCUGCCAGUAUAUUUUUACUUUGUUCUUCUUAUCUAGAUCAGUCAGUUUCCCAAUUUAAUAAGUUUAUAUGUAAAAGGUGCAGUAUAUCAUGUAUAGCAUAUAGUUUUGGCUAGACAAUGCACUGUUGAAAGCUUUAUUAUAUAAUUAAACAAAUGAACUUAUGAGCAAAAUAAUCGAAGUAUUUAAUAUGAUAUAUUGAAAUUAAUGUUCAAUGAGCAGAUUUUUUGAAAGUAGAAACUUAUAUUUGUAAUAUUUAAAAGGAAACACAAGGUAGAUAGGUAGGUAGAAAUGAUAAUUGUUACAAAGGGCUUGCUUAUGAACCUCAGGCUUUUAGGCUUCUUGUAAAUCCCACUUAAAAAUAAGUUUAAUUUGUAUAUUUAAUAGCUUACAAAUAUUAUAGCUAACAUUAAAGUUUGUAUGGGAGUAAAAUAAAAAAAUAGUGUUUAUUCAUAUAUGCUAAGAUUACAAUAUUUAAAAUAAGAGUCUUUUAUAAAGAAUUUGUUUUUGCAGUUAAUAUGGUAUGAACAUAUAUUAAAAUAAGUUGUAACAGUAUAUAAAAUAUUUGUGAACCUACUUUCUUCUCUUGAUUGAUUUGUACAAAUAUAUAGGAUAAGAGCUUUAUAGAGUGAUGCUAUAAAAUUCUGAAAAGGUGCUGAACCAUAGCAUUAAACUAUUGUAGAAUACUUUAGUUUUUCAUUUUAAUAGUGCAAUGUUGUAAAUGCUAGAUAUGUACAAAAUUUGAAAUCACAUCCAUUUAAAUAAACAGUUAACAGAUUUGUUAUUUUUAAA